UCCAUUAAAAAAAACGAAUCUAACCUACAAUACAACAAAUAAAAAAAAAUAUUUUUUAAUUCUGUACCUACUUAAUUAUGAUGAUACAUUAGACAAUGAAUAUUUUAUGUAAAUAUCUACCUAAUAUUAAAAACUUAGCAUGCGUUGCUAUAAGGUCAAACACAUUACAAAUAAACAAAAUGAGUUCAUGCAAUAAUAGCCCCAAGAGUGAAGCGAAACGAAUAGUAUGGGUCGAUUUGGAAAUGACUGGAUUGGAUGUAGACAAAGAUCAUAUCUUGGAAAUUGCAUGCCUCGUAAGUGAUGCUGAUCUCAACGUGGUUGCUACGGGUCCUAACAUAGCCAUAAACCAACCGGAUGAAAUAUUAAAUAGUAUGGGUGAAUGGUGCACUGCACACCAUGGUGAGAGCGGACUAACAAAGGCUUGCCGUGAAUCUACGAUAAGUUUAAUUGAAGCUGAAAAUCAAGUAUUAAAAUUUCUUAAGACACAUGUACCAGAAAAGAAAUGUCCCUUAGGAGGUAAUAGUGUAUAUAUGGACAGAUUAUUUAUAAGAAAAUAUAUGCCAAGGGUAAAUGAUUACUUACAUUAUAGAAUAAUUGACGUUAGUUCAUUCAAAGAAAUAAUAAUGAGGUGGUUUCCAAAGGAAUAUUCAAAUAUACCUAAAAAGAAAUUUGCACACCGAGGCAUGGAUGAUAUUUUAGAAAGUUUAGCCGAAUUAAAAUAUUAUAAGGAUAAUGUUUUUAAGAAUCAAUGUUGAUGAUGAUUGUCAAGCGUUUUUGUUGAAUGCUGUUGUAAAUUUUGUUCUAAGCAUAAUUUUAAAUUGAAUGCAAAAAACUUAUUUAAUAUUUUUAAGACAUCAGAAUUCUGUGUUGCAGUCAAUACUAAUAUAAUACUGAUUUUAACAUGUACAAAUAAUAGAUUUGCAGUAUUGUAAUCAUGUUAGGAUGUUAUCUGUUUUUGUAUUAACUUCAGAACAAAUGCAUAAAAAU